AAAAUCUAAGGAUGUUUGCGAUUAACUUCAAGACACUAAAGACAAGAAAAGUGGGAGCUACACCCUUUAUAAAAAAAUCAAGUAAAAAGCAUAAAUAAUUUACACAGAGACAAGGAGAAACACCUUCCGAAACGCCACCAAAAUUCCAAAUUGCCGAAGAGAACGCCUCGAGCGAAAAUGAUGAAGAGGUUACUGGCCAGAAACAGCAAGAAUCGGGGUCUCAAGUUCGAUGAGGGAAUGAAUCUGGACCAGAUAAUCGCCAAACUGAAGCUGGUUGGGGAACUGGGCUCCGCGGUUCAGAUUUCCGCCCGGGACAUAGAGUGGGUGUGCGUGAGGGCGAGGGAGGUGCUCCUGGCACAGCCCACCCUAUUGGAGCUGUCGGCUCCCAUAAGCCUGCUGGGCGAUAUCCACGGACAGUACCUCAAUCUGCUGCGGUACUUCGACUCGAACGGCUAUCCGCCGGACUCGAAGUACCUGUUCCUGGGCGACUAUGUGGACAGAGGCAAGCAGUCCAUCGAAACGCUGACCCUGCUGCUGGCCCUCAAGGCGCGGCAUCCGAACAAGUUCUUUUUGCUGCGGGGAAACCACGAGUGCGCCAGCCUGAAUCAGUUCUACGGGUUCUUCGACGAGUGCAAGAGGCGCUACACGGUGAAGCUGUGGCGCACCUUUGUCGACUGCUACAACUGCAUGCCCCUGGCGGCGAUCAUCGAGGACAACAUUUUCUGCUGCCACGGCGGCCUGAGUCCCAGCCUGUUCAGCAUGAACCAGAUCCGGAAGAUCCAGAGGCCCCUUGAAAUCCCCGAGUCCGGCUUGGUCUGCGACAUCCUGUGGUCCGAUCCGGACCUGAGGAUCAUGGGCUGGGGUCCCAACGAGCGGGGCGUGAGCCACACCUUCGGCUCGGACGUGGUCAGCGCCUUCCUGCACCGCUUCAACCUGAACCUCAUCUGCCGGGGUCACCAGGUCGUGGAGGACGGGUACGAGUUCUUCGCCAAGCGGCAGCUGAUCACCAUCUUUUCCGCCCCCAACUACUGCGGGGAGUUCGACAAUGCCGGGGCCAUGCUGUGCAUCGAUGAGGAUCUGCUCUGCACUUUCCGGGUCCAGAGGCCCGUGGGCAUGGAGCAGAAGAAAUGAUUGGAUAUAGUUUGUUCAGGGAGAAGAUUUUUAAGGUCCCGUCCAUUGUUACACUGUCAACUUAAGCGUUUUUAUUAAAUAAUACAUCAUAACAUUUUA